GAAUGCUCGUCACGGCUAGGGCCCUGAUUCAGGUCGUGACAAGAAGCUUCAAAACUUGAAGUAUUUCAAUAUUUCCAUCAACAAAUUGUAUGGUGAAAUGCCCCCAGAGGGUCCUUUCAAGAACCUCUCAAAUCAGUUUUUCAUCCACAAUGACGCACUGUGGUUCUUCAAGAUUUAGUGUCCCGCCAUGCCCCACUUCAUCAAAGCACAGAUGAAAUGGAAAAAAAUUGCUAGUUCUUUUUCUUUUUCUGGGAAUUGCACUAGUUGUUGUUCCAAGCACCUUUAUUCUAUAUUAUAGAUAAGGUAUAGAAGAGGUAAAAGAGCUCCUCAGCAAGCUGAUUCAUUGUCUACCGUAGCAAAAGAAAGGAUUUCAUACUAUGAACUUCUCCGAGCAACUAAUGUGCUUAGCGAGAGUAAUCUGAUUGGUUCCGGAAUUUUUGGCUCAGUUUUCAAAGGCGUUCUCAGAAGUGGAACUUUCAUUGCAGUUAAAGUGUUCAACCUGCAACUGGAUGUGGCAUUCAAGAUUUUUGAUACGGAAUGUGAAGUUUUGCGUAGCCUUCGCCAUAGGAAUCUAGUAAAAGUCAUUACUAGUUGUUCCAAUCUUGAUUUAAAGGCUUUAGUUCUCGAGUAUAUGCCUAAUGGGAGCCUUGAGAAAUAUUUGUAUUCGCACAAUUACUCCUCAACAUCAGGCAGAGACUAAGCAUAAUGAUAGAUGUGGCAUGUGCUUUGGAAUAUCUUCACCAUGGGUGCUUGUCACGUGUGAUCCACUGUGAUGUGAAGCCUAGUAAUGUCUUGCUGGAUGAGGAUAUGGUUGCCCACCUCAGCGACUUUGGCAUUUCAAAACUGCUUGGUGAAGAUCAGGGUGAUUUGUACACUAAAAACUUAGCAAUACUGGGUUAUAUUGCACUGGAGUAUGGACUGAAUGGACUAGUGUCAACAAAGUGUGACGUAUACAGUUACGGGAUCAUGUUGCUGGAAACGUUUACUAGGAGAAAGCCUAAAGGCAGUAAUGGAUGUUGUAGAUGCCAACUUGGUAACAGCAAUAGGUAAAGGCUUACAGAAGGAGCUACAUGUUGUGGCAUUAAUCCUCAAAGUAGCAUUAGAUUGUUGUGCUGAAUCUCCAGCAAGAAGGACUAACAUGAAAAAUGUUGUAGCGAUGCUGCAGAAGAUCAAGAUUCAACUUCUUGCACGU